AUGGCAUCCCCGUCGUUCAACUCUGCCGUGUUCGAGUCCGCCGUCUCUCCCGUUUCCUCUGAACCAUCCGGGGCCCUCCCCACCAUAUCUUCGCAGGACACCCAGUCGAUAUUCUGGCUAUCGGCCUCUUUGGCCUACUCUAUCGUUUACCUACUUCAGCGGAUAUUCUUCUGGGUGAUAUCCUUCUCGACUUAUACCCUACCCACAUGGCUAUUUACUUUGUUCAGCACCAGUUUGACAUUUACCAUGAAUUUCACUACUCUGCUCAUUAUAUUCUUGAUCUUCGGGUCGAUAGUAUCGUGGGCUGUCAGGUACAGGUUGCUCUAUAAUUACAACCGGCUACCACACGAGCCCCAGCGAAAGGAGCCUCAGAUCGACCUAUUUCCUGAUUCGCAAGAGGGGGACUCUAAGCCAGGGUUCUCGAGCUACUUGGACGAGUUCCUCAGUGCUAUUAAGGUGUUUGGGUACUUGGAGCGACCGGUAUUCCACGAGCUCACCCGGAGUAUGCAGACGAGAAAGCUGAUUGCCGGGGAAACUCUACUACUCGAGGAAGAAAAAGGGUUCUGCAUAGUGGUUGAUGGUUUAGUUCAGGUGUUCGUUAAAGCCAGUCGCGAUGUUGGAAACAUGGCUGCAGCGGCUUCAGGGCCCGGAUAUCAGUUACUCACCGAAGUAAAGAAUGGCGCCCCGAUGAGUAGCUUGUUUACCAUUCUCAGUCUCUUUACCGAAGAUGUUAAGCUACGGCACGAAGACGAAGACGAGAGUGGUCCUGUGAGUACUAGUAGUAGUAUGGUGAAUCUUCACGCUGCCGGGGACUUGGCCCACUUUGAGGCCGAAAGGAACCCCGCAGGAUUGCCGCCCGGAAGGAGCGCAGAUAGUGGACGAUUUCAUUUGCCUCCCGUGCCUCCGCUAUCCUUGAGUGGCGACUUUACCCGAAGUAGUUCGCGGCCAGUGACGCCGCAUGAUCAACAACCCCCGCGUCCCCAGAGACCUCGAAUAAAAAAAUCCAAGUCCGUACACCCAGAUAUUGUCGCUAGAGCGACCGUUGACACCACAAUUGCGGUUAUCCCCGCUAGCGCAUUUCGAAGGUUGACUAGGAUUUACCCUAAAGCGACGGCACACAUCGUUCAGGUUAUUCUCACGAGGUUUCAGAGGGUCACAUUUUUGACUGGUUACAGGUAUCUCGGCCUUACGGCUGAGGUUCUGAGGACUGAGAAGUUCAUGAAUAGAUACACUAUGUAUGAACUGCCGAAUCAUCUCCGCGGGGAGCCCCUUGAAAGACUAAAGGAGAAGUUUGAGAAAGAGCAAGAGAGGGCGGAACCUGAGGAUUCGAUGAAGGGGAUAGUCCUACAUAACCCCGAUGUGAGUUCGGGGAAGCGGAGGAGGUCUAGUAGCUCCCUUCGCAAGGAGGCGGUCAUUCAUGCUCGUCUUGCUGCUGCCAGGGGUCAGCCAUCCCCUGCAUUGGAUACAGCCCCCUCACCGUUCAGAGAUAAUAGAGGAAAGUUUAAGGGCCAAUUUGAACAAAAUCACCCAACUGGCCAACUUGCGCCAUUCUCUCAAGGGUGGACUAUGUCGGCCUCAAGUAUGGGGUUAGACACGCCCAUGCCCAUGACCGAGAAAGCGUUUAAUCCAUUUGCACAACGAGCAGCUCAAAAGUUCAAGGCCGACGGGCCUUCAGAAAACGAAGACUCGGCGUUCAGAGAAGCUGUAUUAGAGUGCAUGUUCAAGGCCAUUGGGUUAACCGGAUCAGCGGUGAAUGUGCGUUCUGGCACUGAGAGUGGAGAGCAGAGCCCUCGACUUGUUAGCUAUGAUGCCAAGAGGCAGAAAGCCGUUUUCUCCAACGCCUUUGGAUAUAUCGACCCUAUCGAAGGCGAUGGAGAGACUGAAUCCGCCGCUAGCACCAGUGGGUCCGGUGCAAGUACCGGCGGAUUCGUGAAUGUCGGCAUCAGCGGUGUCCAUGCUGAAUUGAAGGGCGAAGUUGAGAUUGUAUUUUUCCCUAAAGGAUCCGUAUUGGUUGAGCAAGGAGAGAGAAAUCCUGGACUUUAUUACGUUAUUGAUGGAUUCCUGGACGCCAGUAUCCCAGUCGAUGAAAAGACUGAGAACAGUAGAAAGAGCCUUUUCAUGGUCAAGCCCGGAGGUAUCGCGGGAUAUAUCGGAAGCGUUAGCAGCUAUAGAAGCUUUAUUGAUGUUACUGCCAAGACGGAUGUUUAUGUUGGCUUCCUGCCUAGGGCUGCGUUGGAAAGGAUUGUGGAGAGGCACCCCGUUGUGCUCCUGACUAUGGCUAAACGCUUGACGAGUCUACUGCCGAGAUUGAUUUUGCAUAUCGAUUUUGCGCUUGAGUGGUUGCAGGUUAAUGCCGGGCAGGUUAUAUAUCAUCAGGAGGACGAGAGUGACGCUAUAUACAUUGUGCUCAAUGGGCGGUUGAGGGCCGUGCAGGAGGAUGAGAAGGGCGGUAUGAGGGUGGUCGGGGAGUUUGGCCAAGGAGAGAGUGUGGGCGAACUAGAGGUCAUGACUGAAACAACUCGUCCCGCUACACUUCAUGCUAUCCGAGAUACGGAAGUGGCUAGAUUUCCAAAGUCGCUCUUCAAUAGCCUCGCCCUAGAGCACCCUGGGAUCACCAUCCAGAUAUCCAAGAUCAUUGCCUCCAGGAUGCGGGCCUUGAUAGACGACCCCCUCUCGGAACAGCGUAGAGGGGCAGACCGGAGUAGAAAUGCGCCGGCCAGGAAAAUCUCCUCAACGAUGAACCUCCGCACUGUUUGUGUUUUGCCAGUCACUUCCGGCGUUCCCGUGUCCGAGUUUGCACAUAGACUUUCCACCGCUCUUCAACAGAUCAGCACGCCUAAUGGGGUCACUGUGCUCAACCAAGCCGCAAUAUUAAACCAUCUCGGAAGACAUGCAUUUAGUAGAAUGGGCAAGUUGAAACUUCAAGGCUAUCUCGCGGAUUUAGAGGAGAAGUACGGAAUGGUCAUCUACGUUGCUGAUACGAGUGUCAACGCUCCAUGGACACAAACUUGUAUCAGUCAGGCGGAUUCUAUCUUACUCGUUGGUCUGGCUGAAGGAAGUCCUGCGAUUGGUGAAUACGAAAGAUUCUUGGUUGGGAUGAAAACCACGGCGAGGAAAGAGUUGGUACUAUUGCAUUCGGAACGGUACUGCCCGUCGGGAUUGACCAGACAGUGGCUUAAGAACAGGAUGUGGGUAAACGGCGGCCAUCAUCACAUACAAAUGUCCUUCCGGACAACGCCGGAGCCCGUCAACACACAAAUGAGAAGUGCGCCAAUAUACUCAGCAGGAACUCCGGUCAAGAGCGAUUUCCACCGCCUUGCAAGGAGGCUUUGCGGGAAAUCUAUAGGUCUAGUACUCGGGGGUGGUGGGGCUAGAGGUAUUUCCCAAGUGGGUGUGAUCCGAGCAUUAGAAGAAGCCGGAAUACCAAUUGAUAUUGUUGGCGGAACUUCCAUCGGUGCAUUCGUCGGAGCGCUUUACUCCCGAGACGCAGAUAUUGUUCCCGUCCUCGGCCGGGCUAAGAAAUUCGCCGGACGUAUGGCAUCCUUGUGGCGUUUCGUUCUGGACCUAACCUACCCAUCUGUCUCCUACACUACUGGGCACGAAUUCAACCGGGGAAUCUUCAAGACUUUUGGAAACUCCCAGAUUGAAGACUUUUGGUUGGAGUUCUACUGUAACACGACCAGCAUAAGCAAGUCCCGCAUGGAAAUCCAUACAAGUGGUUAUGCCUGGCGAUAUAUCCGUGCGAGCAUGAGCCUUGCUGGGUUACUGCCUCCGCUCUGUGAUGAGGGAGAGAUGUUGCUAGACGGAGGAUACGUUGACAAUCUCACCGUGGCACACAUGAAGAGCCUGGGCGCGGACGUAAUCUUCGCAGUGGACGUCGGGAGCAUCGACGAUAACACCCCGCAGGAAUUUGGCGAUUCGCUAUCGGGCUUUUGGGCCUUUUGGAACAGGUGGAACCCCUUCAGCCCGCACCCUAACCCUCCUACACUUGCCGAGAUCCAGGCAAGAUUGGCGUACGUCUCGAGUGUGGAUGCGUUGGAGCGAGCAAAGCUGAUACCUGGAUGCAUCUACAUGCGCCCUCCGAUCGACCCCUACGGCACUCUAGACUUUGCUAAAUUCAACGAGAUUUAUAACGUUGGAUACGAAUACGGGAAGAAAUUCCUCGAGGAGAUGAAAGGUAAAGGUGUGCUUCCACCCGUAGCUCCGGGAGUGGCCGAUGGGAAGAGAGGGUUCAGGAGGACCAUGGCGCCGAGAAGGGCGAGUAUCUAACUAUGAUUGCUUCCUCCGGGUGCACUUUAUAGUUCUCUUCGUGUAUUUUGUAGGGCUCCUAGCUUUAAAUUUUA